AAAACAACUGCCUCGUGCGGCGCUCGGCUUCCGAACUUUCGCGUGGCAGGCAGACGAGCCCCGCCGGGGCGGGACACUGGCCGGCCGCCCAGGGCUGUGCCACGACCACGGAAGGCGCCACCCCGCCCCGGCCUCCUCGCGCAGCCAAUCGCAGAAUUCCUCCCCGCUCACGUAAGGCGCGUCGGCAGAUUCGGGUGGAAACGCAGGGCGCGCGGGGUGUGCGGGGUGGGGGUCGAGGCGCGUCAUCGCCCGCGGGACCGAGUGGCGGAAGCCAAGGGGGCGGUCUCGCGCCGGCCUGCUUUCCGGCACGGCGCUCAGCUCUCGUCCGCAAGGCCCGGCGGCGGCAGCGGCGACGCGGGAGGAACGGCGGAGCGGCGCCUGGAACUCUAUUUUAAGAACCUCUCAAAAAGAAAAAAACAAGUCAUGGAGAAGAAGGAGAAUAACCGAAAGCUUCGGGUUUGUGUUGCUACUUGCAACCGUGCUGAUUAUUCUAAACUCGCCCCAAUCAUGUUUGGCAUUAAAAUGGAACCUGAGUUCUUUGAACUUGACGUGGUGGUACUUGGCUCUCACCUGAUAGAUGACUAUGGAAACACAUAUCGCAUGAUUGAACAAGAUGACUUUGACAUUAACACCAGACUACACACAAUUGUCAGAGGGGAAGAUGAGGCAGCCAUGGUGGAGUCAGUGGGCCUGGCCCUUGUGAAGCUACCAGAUGUUCUUAACCGCCUGAAGCCUGAUAUCAUGAUUGUUCAUGGAGACAGGUUUGAUGCCCUGGCUCUGGCUACGUCUGCUGCCUUGAUGAACAUCCGAAUCCUUCACAUUGAAGGGGGGGAAGUCAGUGGGACCAUUGAUGACUCUAUCAGACACGCUAUAACGAAACUGGCUCAUUAUCAUGUGUGCUGCACCCGAAGUGCCAGAGCAAACACCUGAUUCCAUGUGUGAGGACAUGAUCGCAUCUUGUUGGCAGGCUGCCCUUCCUAUGACAACUUCUCUCGCCAAGACAAAGACUACAUGAGCAUCAUUCGGAUGUGGUUAGGUGAUGAUGUAAAAUCUAAAGAUUACAUUGUUGCACUACAGCACCCUGUGACCACGGACAUUAAGCAUUCCAUAAAAAUGUUUGAAUUAACAUUGGAUGCACUUAUCUCAUUUAACAAGCGGACCCUAGUUCUGUUUCCAAAUAUUGAUGCAGGGAGCAAAGAGAUGGUUCGAGUGAUGCGGAAGAAGGGCAUUGAGCAUCAUCCCAAUUUUCGUGCAGUUAAACAUGUCCCAUUUGACCAGUUUAUACAGCUGGUUGCCCAUGCUGGUUGUAUGAUUGGGAACAGCAGCUGUGGGGUACGAGAGGUUGGAGCUUUUGGAACACCUGUGAUCAACCUAGGAACACGUCAGAUUGGAAGAGAAACAGGGGAGAAUGUCCUUCAUGUCCGGGAUGCUGAUACCCAAGACAAAAUAUUGCAAGCGCUGCACCUUCAGUUUGGUAAACAGUACCCUUGUUCAAAGAUAUAUGGGGAUGGAAAUGCUGUUCCGAGGAUUUUGAAGUUUCUCAAAUCUAUUGAUCUUCAAGAGCCACUACAAAAGAAAUUCUGUUUUCCUCCUGUGAAGGAUAACAUCUCCCAAGAUAUUGACCAUAUUCUUGAAACUCUGAGUGCCUUGGCUGUUGAUCUUGGUGGGACGAACCUCCGAGUUGCAAUAGUCAGCAUGAAGGGUGAAAUAGUUAAGAAGUAUACUCAGUUCAAUCCUAAAACCUAUGAAGAGAGGAUUAAUUUAAUCCUACAGAUGUGUGUAGAAGCUGCAGCAGAAGCUGUAAAACUGAACUGCAGAAUUUUGGGAGUAGGCAUUUCCACAGGUGGCCGUGUAAAUCCUCGGGAAGGAAUUGUGCUGCAUUCAACCAAACUGAUUCAAGAGUGGAACUCUGUGGAUCUCAGGACCCCCCUGUCUGACACUUUGCAUCUCCCCGUAUGGGUAGACAAUGAUGGCAACUGUGCUGCCCUGGCAGAAAGGAAAUUCGGCCAAGGAAAGGGCCUUGAAAACUUUGUGACACUUAUCACAGGCACAGGAAUUGGCGGGGGGAUCAUCCAUCAGCAUGAACUGAUCCAUGGCAGCUCCUUCUGCGCUGCGGAGCUUGGCCACAUUGUGGUGUCCCUGGAUGGGCCUGACUGUUCCUGUGGAAGCCAUGGGUGUAUUGAAGCAUAUGCCUCUGGAAUGGCCUUGCAGAGGGAAGCAAAAAAGCUACAUGAUGAAGACCAGCUCUUGGUGGAAGGGAUGUCAGUGCCAAAAGACGAAGCUGUGGGCGCACUCCAUCUCAUCCAAGCUGCGAAACUUGGCAAUGCAAAGGCCCAGAGCAUCUUGAGAACAGCUGGAACAGCAUUGGGUCUUGGGGUUGUGAACAUCCUCCACACUAUGAAUCCUUCCCUUGUGAUCCUCUCUGGAGUCCUAGCCAGUCACUAUAUCCACACUGUCAAAGACGUCAUCCGCCAGCAAGCUUUGUCCUCGGUUCAGGACGUGGACGUGGUGGUUUCGGAUUUGGUGGAACCCGCCCUGCUCGGCGCCGCCAGCAUGGUUCUGGACUACACGACUCGCAGGAUCUACUAGUCCUCCAAAGAGUGGACGUGGACCGAGAUUCAAGAGCUCCUUGGUGGAAUCAGGUUGUCUUCUAGAUGAGCAUUUCUUAAAAGACAAAUUUGGUAUUUCAAUUUAUUUGGCAGGCAACUUUGGCAGUUUCUGCUUUUAGUCUCCUCUUCCAAAGUCACUUUUCCCUGUUUUUGUAGAUGCUGCUCCUUGUGGGGUCAUUUCAGCUCAAACCUUGUCACAAUCUUCUGUGCCAAAAGGAGCUACAGUAGCAGCCGAGGAAGCCUUAUGACUCUGCUUAUUAGAUGUACCACUUAGACCUGCAGGCCUUGCUUGGGGUGUGACCUUGAUACUGGAGUUUGGAUUAUUAAUCCUGCCUCCUCUGACCCUAAGUUCAGAACACAGAAAGGGAGCCAGUCAGGGAAGAGAAGGAAAUCUCACCAUGAAGGGCUUAAUAAGUAAACCUUUCAAAAGCAGUUUUAUUGAGGUAUUUUUUAAAGUGCACAAUUUGGUUAAGUUUUGACAUAUAUAUACCUAUGAAACCAUGGCCACGAUAAGGACAUCAGGUGUAUAUAUCUCUCACCCCCAAACGUUACUUGUUGAAAGAUGUUAUUUGCUAUUACUCUCUCAGAAUCUUGAGCAACUUUAGAUCAGGGAUCUGAAUUACAGUGGCCUGAGUGACCUUGUCCUUAUCUUCUUAAGGCUAGCUGAGAAGCCACUAGGACUUACAGCCUCUGAAAGAUUAACCAUCCCAGAAGGAUCGUUGCUACUGACAAGCAGACACCUCUCCCUUCAAUAGCUUUUCAUACUAUGUUGAAUAUGACCCUGGAGUGUUGAUUAAGGCAGUGUUUGUUGUGUGUCAUACCUAGAGCCCACAUCUGUGAAUCUGGAUUCUGGCUAAAUAAGAUUUCCACGCUCGCAUUGGUGUCAAGAUAACAAAGGCCAAGGUUCUUGCUAUUAAUUUCAACCUGGAAGAAAUACUGAUAGCCACCAUUUAUUAAGUGCCUACUGUGUGCCAGGCUCUGAACUUGGUGCUUCAUAUGCAUUAUUCUAAAUUCUCACAACCAGUAAGGUAGGUGUUUUAAUUCCCAUUUUAUAGAACCCCAAACUAAGUCUUAAGUGGUGUGCCUAAAGCCGCGUGGCUAAUGAGUCUUAAAGACAGGGUUUGACCCGGGUCCCUCUGUGUUUUUUCUGCUAAGCCACACAAACCUCUCUUCAUAUCAAAAACUUCCAAAGUGCAAAUAUAUUCUAAUUUAUUCCAGGCUACCAAGAGCUUUCACAAGAAUAUCUCAUUACCAAAUGAAUCGAUUCAUCCUUGACACUAUCUCUCAGUGGUGAAUUUAAUAAAAUAUUCCUGUAUGCUGUGGAAAUUUUGUCAGUACAGUAUUUGGCCUAGUGACAGGUUUUUAUGGGUACUUUUAGAUGACCUAAAAAAGGACAUGCAUAUGUUUUUCAGAUUGUUUAUUAUUUUAGGAAAACCUGAAGGUUUCUACAACAUUAUUUCAGUGUUCACAUAUAAAAUGAAGGAAUCAAGUUUGCAUUUGAAUUACUUCCUUCCUGGUGGGUUAAUGUGAAAAGAUAGGUUGGCUGAUUCUUAGAACUCUGUCAGCUCUGAAAUAAUCUCCAGGUCCUAGCUGAUUCCUGGAAAGGAAGCUAGUUGGCUUGGCCAUCAGUGUCUGGGGCGGGUCGGUAUACCGUGAAGGGGCAUCAGCUGUUCUUUGACAAAACCUACAACCACUGUAUACACCAGACAGUUGCACUGCUACCAAGUUUCAUACCAAAUAUUUGGAAGGAUGGUAUUGAAUCUAAAACCAAAUCUUAGUUUUUAUUAAAUUCAUGGAAAGGCUAAUAUAUUCCAACAUAAUUAUUACAUAUAGAUAAAUGAUCACAUCUUAAUUUAUUUUAAUGUAAAUAUUUUUAUGUUACUGUUCUGAGCCAAAUUCUAAAAAAAUAAAUGUAUUUCCUUGUGGAAAUCCUGCCACUUUUGUAUUUUGUUUUGUUCUUAAUUAACUCAUUAGCUAAAAGCAUUCCCCUUCCCAAAAGAGAUUUGUUGUGCUCCUUACUUUCUGAAGGUCAUAUAACUUAAGGCAUUUAAUAAUUGAUUUAACAACCACCCCACCAAAAAACUUUGUUAAUAGAAAGCAUUGUUAUAUAACUUUAAAAUAUAUAUAUAUUGCAAAAUGAUCACCACACUGUCUAGCUAAUAUCGUCACAAUACAUAGUUAAGGGUUUUUUUCCCUUGUGAUGAGAACUUUUAAGAUCUACUUUCAUAGCAACUUUCAA